CCGGAUGACUUUACGGCAACAUGGCGGCCCACUCCUGUAGAUGGGCGGUUGUUAACAGCUCUUUUCGUCAGCAGUAAGCUGUAAAAUUCAUCAUGGUACUGGGGACGGGGAGGUCGUUAACGGAAGAGCCGUGAAGACGAUGAUAUUGUGUUUCCUCAGCACCCCCGCACCGCUUUGCCGCAAAGCCGCGAACUGUUUGCUGUCAGCGCGGUGUGCGGCUGCGUGUCGGCUGGAGGAAGCGUCAUGGCGGCACAGGCGCACACCUGUCACCGCCGCGAGGCUCUCACAGUCCACGGCGGGCAGCAAUUCAUGGAGCAUCGGCCGCAGAGGGGCGGACAGCCGCUCACCGUGUUGCCUCAUCCGGCGUGGCGUUGUACAGCCGUCGACGUGGCGGCUGUGUGGAGAUGUGCUGCUUCACCAUGGAGGUCACAGUAGGUUGGCUGUAAACUUCCGCUCUCUGCUGGCCACAGGAGCUCGAGGUCUUUGCGGCAAGAACAAUGAAGCACCGGACAGACCUAGUGAAGACCCUCAGGUACCUGGACAGGGGCUCUUUAAGUUUAAAGAACUGUACGAGAACCCGUGGACUAUCCCCAACCUGCUGUGUGUGUGUCGGAUUAUUCUUGCUCCUUUCUUGGGUCACCUUAUCAUCCAGCAACAUUUCCACCUCAGCCUCGCUCUCUUCACCCUGGCUGGAGCCACCGACCUGCUGGAUGGUUACAUCGCCAGAACGUGGCCCACUCAAAAGUCAGCAUUGGGAAGCGCCCUCGACCCGCUGGCGGAUAAAAUCCUCAUCAGUAUUUUAUAUGUCAGUCUCACCUAUGCAGAACUCAUACCAGCGCUGUUGACAGCUCUAGUGGUAUUCAGAGACAUUGGUUUGAUAGCUGCCGUCUUCUGGGUCAGAUACAAGACGGUGCCGCCACCGGUGACCCUCAGUAAGUUUUUUAACCCCUGCUACACCACCGCUCAGCUCAAGCCAACACUCUUCAGCAAGGUGAACACGGCCAUCCAGCUGGUUCUGGUCGCAGCGUCUCUGGCGGCUCCAGUCUUCCAAUACACCGACAGCGUCCUCCUGCAGUGUCUGUGGUAUGUCACCGCCAUAACAACGACAGUGUCCGGUUACAGCUACUGGCACUACGGCCGCAAGACUGUCCAGGUGCUAAACACCAGGUCGCCAUGAUGAUGGCGCCAGAACACAGUCGGGAAUUAAGCGUCUUGUCUGUCCAGACAACUGAGCGCUGAGGAAGACGCGCAACCGUAACGCUGACAAGGAGUAGGGACACAGAGCAAGUCACUGAAUGCAUCACCAUGGUGAUGGUGAGCAGCUGCAGAUGGUUUUCUGCAGCAUCACACACACAAACAGCAGCUCUGCUACUGGACCAAUGUGGACAGCUUCUAUUUUUACAAGAGUGGUGAGAACCACUCAGCGAUGUCACAUGAUCAGUGUCACAUGAUGGAUGUUUAGUGAACCAAUGAUUUAUCAAUAAAAUGAAAAUGUGUUUUAACAUGUGCCUUUGUGUCCAGUUGGAGGAAGGGAUCUAACUUAUAACUCUUGAGGUGGCGCUAUAGACAACUUCAACCUGCUGUAAGUAGCUUCAAAGUGUUGGAGAAAAUACACAGCUUUAAUUCAGAGUUACUUCCCAGCAGUAAGAAGUGACCUCUGAGGGUUCUUUUAAAGCUUCUUAAGCCCGACUAAAGUUGUCUGUUACAGUUCCAAACUGUACAUUGCCAAAGAAGCUUUAAGAGCGUUGAACUUGACAUGUUUUGUGAUGCCGGGUGUUCCUGAACGCAUCGUGGACACAAAGCACUUCUCCAGCUUCCAAGCCCAACUUUUGGUCCAAACUUGACUAGUUAUGAAACCAAGUGAUUCAGUGUACUUAAGAGUCGCUGCAGCAGUCACACACACAUACAGUCGCUAUAGACACUUGCGCGCGCACACACACACAUACACUGGUCUUUUAUGGGCCUGAAAUAGCUCUACGCCU